AUGCCUGCCGUGAGACAAAAGACAACUGGUGGCAAAGUUUUUUACUGCCCCAUUCACAAAUGCAAAUUUUCAGCGAAAUCAUCGUCGAACUUGAAGAUUCACCUGAAUCGACACUAUAAUCUGAAACCCUACGUCUGUAAAGAUAGACAUGAUUGUGGUUUUGCCAGUGCCGACCCAGCCGCCCUCCUUAAGCAUCGCGUGGCGUUUCACCAAUAUGUUACGAAGUCUUGGCCAACAAACCAGAAGGCACAGAAAAGACCCGCUCCCUAUUCCAAGCUUUCGUCGAGAGCCCGAGUCAAAAUUGUGAAGCCACAAACCAAGAACGACAUCGAAUCUGUUUCGCAGGUGUUUCUCACUGCUACACCUCCUUCCACUGCCACCGUCGAUCUCCAAGGAUGUGGCGUUGUCGACGUCGAUGCCUGUAGUAAAACCUUUGCCCAUGCGUACAACCUCCGAAGCAACCCACACCCAUACGCAAAGGAACUCCUACCGGCCCUUCGUUCUUGCCAUCCACUCGAAGACCACACGACAUCGCCAGUAGCUAUGCCUUCCAACGCCCAGCCUUCGAUUCCGACAUUUCCUCCCGUCAACUUUCCUCAAGAAAAUGUGCCACCUGCAGAACUAUCCUCGCCGGAACCCAGUCCAAUGCUUGAGCUGCUUCUGCGAACGAUCGAUUCUGUGGAAUUCGACAACAGCAUGACCGCGAAUUUCGCUACGGAUGGGGGAAUAUCCCCUGCAAGCCUGCCGCCCAUCCAUGUAGCCCCUCUGACUACGCAGUGGCGCGGAAAUGCUAGCGCUUAUGCUGAGAACGUCGUUUCAUUUUCGCCUCAGCCCAAGACACGAUUGACAGACUUCUCUACCUGCCAAAAUGUCAGCGCACCCUCCGUCGACCUGGAUGCAGCCCUCUCCACGUUCCUUGAUUCGCUGGAGUUGGAGUCCGAAUCCCCAGCAUCGUACCAAGUCCCUUCCCCGAGCGUUCUCUCAGACUACUUCAACUCAGCAUCGUACCAGUCCUCCGACUUUGGGGUAUCAACCUUCGAAUUUGAAGCCUAG